AUGUCAGGUCGUACAUUCAUGUUGCUCCUAGCGCUGGUCCUCGUAGGUGUCCCGUCCUGCCUGGCGGCACCGAGCCCAGGGUACGACGCGUCAUUCAGCACGCACUUCCGCCUGCCGGCCUACUGCAACGGCACGUACUGCAACAUCGGGCCAGACGGCACCGUCUCGCUUACUGCAGACAAGAACAAAAUGGGAGCAUUCGAGUCGAAGAGCUACUACCAGUACGGAAUUUUCGAGGUGAAGAUGAAGCUGCCGCCGGGGUACUCGGGCGGGCUCAUCCCGUGCAUCUACCUCAUCUCGGGCGAGGGGCUGGACUACCGCGAUCUCCACGACGAGAUGGACUUCGAAUUCCUCGGGUGGAGCGACCCCACGCAGAUCAAGAUUCACACCAACGCCAUCGCCGGCGGGUACACCAACGUCGAACAGUACAAGUUCCCGUUCGACCCAUCGGCGGACUUUCACACGUACACGAUGGUCUACGCGCCCAACUGGCUCGUGUGGAAGAUCGACGGCAAGCCCAUCCGCAUCACCUGGCGCGAACCGGGCAAGCCUUUCCCCUCGCUUCCCAUGAAAGUCAUGGGGUCAAUAUGGGACGCGUCCUUUUGGCUGCCGUUCAAGAGCGAUUACUCCAAGGGCAACGUGACAGUCAAGUUCCGCCGCUUCGACCUCAAGGACGCCUGCCGCUCAGUAGAUCCCAAGCCCGCGCGGAGGGCCAGCGGGGAGGCGGAAGGGGAAAAUGUGGGGGAGGGGGAACCCCGCGCUGGUUCUGGGCCCGCAGCGUGGAGAUGGGGCGGGGGAGAGGAUGGGGAAGAACAUCGCGGAAAGGAUGUUAGUGGCGGAAGGGAAGGGGAAAGGAUAGCUGCGGAGAGAAAUGUGCGCGACAGAGAGGGGGAAGCAGGGGCGGGCGAGCGGGUUGAGCGGGUGGGAAUGGGGAUAGGGAUGGGGUUGGGAGCGAGGGGGAGGGAUGGAGGGAAGAGCGGGGGAGCGCGAGGUAGUCGGGAAGGGGACGCGGCGACAAUGGCAUGGGGGGAGGCGGCAGCGUGGGGAGGGGUGAUGGGGCAGCAGGAGGUGCUGCAGGCAGGCAUUGAAGUGCAGGCAGGCAUUGAAGUGCAGGCAGGCAUUGAAGUGCAGGCAGGCAUUGAAGUGCAGGCAGGCAUUGAAGUGCAGGCAGGCAUUGAAGUGCAGGCAGGCAUUGAAGUGCAGGCAGGCAUUGAAGCAGGCAUUGAAGUGCAGGCAGGCAUUGAAGUGCAGGCAGGCAUUGAAGUGCAGGCAGGCAUUGAAGUGCAGGCAGGCAUUGAAGUGCAGGCAGGCAUUGAAGUGCAGGCAGGCAUUGAAGUGCAGGCAGGCAUUGAAGUGCAGGCAGGCAUUGAAGUGCAGGCAGGCAUUGAAGUGCAGGCAGGCAUUGAAGUGCAGGCAGGCAUUGAAGUGCAGGCAGGCAUUGAAGUGCAGGCAGGCAUUGAAGUGCAGGCAGGCAUUGAAGUGCAGGCAGGCAUUGAAGUGCAGGCAGGCAUUGAAGUGCAUGCAGGCAUUGAAGUGCAGGCAGGCAUUGAAGUGCAGGCAGGCAUUGAAGUGCAGGCAGGCAUUGAAGGAGGCGACCCCUCAGGUGCUCAGCGACCCCUCAGGUGCUCAGCGACCCCUCAGGUGCUCAGCGACCCCUCAGGUGCUCAGCGACCCCUCAGGUGCUCAGCGACCCCUCAGGUGCUCAGUGACCCCUCAGGUGCUCAGUGCUCAGCGACCCCUCAGGUGCUCAGCGACCCCUCAGGUGCUCAGCGACCCCUCAGGUGCUCAGCGACCCCUCAGGUGCUCAGCGACCCCUCAGGUGCUCAGCGACCCCUCAGGUGCUCAGCGACCCCUCAGGUGCUCAGCGACCUCUCAGGUGCUCAGCUACCCCCUCAGGUGCUCAGCUACCCCUCAGGUGCUCAGCGACCCCUCAGGUGCUCAGCGACCCCUCAGGUGCUCAGCGACCCCUCAGGUGCUCAGCGACCCCUCAGGUGCUCAGUGACCCCUCAGGUGCUCAGCGACCCCUCAGGUGCUCAGCGACCCCUCAGGUGCUCAGCGACCCCUCAGGUGCUCAGCGACCCCUCAGGUGCUCAGCGACCCCUCAGGUGCUCAGCGACCCCUCAGGUGCUCAGCGACCUCUCAGGUGCUCAGCUACCCCCUCAGGUGCUCAGCUACCCCUCAGGUGCUCAGCGACCCCUCAGGUGCUCAGCGACCCCUCAGGUGCUCAGCGACCCCUCAGGUGCUCAGCGACCCCUCAGGUGCUCAGCGACCCCUCAGGUGCUCAGCGACCCCUCAGGUGCUCAGCGACCCCUCAGGUGCUCAGCGACCCCUCAGGUGCUCAGCGACCCCUCAGGUGCUCAGCGACCCCUCAGGUGCUCAGUGACCCCUCAGGUGCUCAGCGACCCCUCAGGUGCUCAGCGAUCCCUCAGGUGCUCAGCGACCCCUCAGGUGCUCAGCGACCCCUCAGGUGCUCAGCGACCCCUCAGGUGCUCAGCGACCCCUCAGGUGCUCAGCGACCCCUCAGGUGCUCAGCGACCCCUCAGGUGCUCAGCGACCCCUCAGGUGCUCAGCGACCUCUCAGGUGCUCAGCUACCCCCUCAGGUGCUCAGCUACCCCUCAGGUGCUCAGCGACCCCUCAGGUGCUCAGCGACCCCUCAGGUGCUCAGCGACCCCUCAGGUGCUCAGCGACCCCUCAGGUGCUCAGCGACCCCUCAGGUGCUCAGCGACCCCUCAGGUGCUCAGCGACCCCUCAGGUGCUCAGCGACCCCUCAGGUGCUCAGCGACCUCUCAGGUGCUCAGCUACCCCCUCAGGUGCUCAGCUACCCCUCAGGUGCUCAGCGACCCCUCAGGUGCUCAGCGACCCCUCAGGUGCUCAGCGACCCCUCAGGUGCUCAGCGACCCCUCAG